GCCCGGCACUGUGGCCGCCAACGCCGCUGCCGCCGCCGCCGCCGAGCUCGGGCUCGAGCUCAGCGCACUCCUCCGCGGCCGCCGAGCGGAGCGGACGCCCUCCGGGGCCGCGCCGCAACCCCCCGCGCUCCCACUUAUCAUGCCCCGGGCCCGGGCCCGGGCCGCCCAAGCAGCAGGAGCACCAUGCCGGAGGUUGGCGGUGGCGACGGCGGGGAGGUGCCUGCGCUCAUCCCGGACUGCGAGCCGCUGCGGGAGGAGGUACCGGUGCUGUGUGGCGGGGGGUCGGAGCCGCGGCUGGAGCGGGCAGCGGCCCCUGAAACAGUCCCUGGGAAGCUCCCUGUGUCGCGAGUCGCACUGGAAAUGCCUGCUCCUCACGCUGCUCAUCCACGCCUGUGGUGCCGUGGUGGCAUGGUGUCGCCUGGCCACAGUGCCACGGCUGGUCCUGGGGCCAGAGGCAGCCCUGGCCCAUGGGGCCGGGGGCCCACCACCCACCUACCCAGCCAGCCCCUGCUCUGAUGGCUACUUAUACAUCCCACUGGCCUUUGUCUCCCUCCUCUACCUCCUCUACCUGGCUGAGUGCUGGCACUGUCAUGUGCGGUCAUGCCAGGCACCGCGCACUGAUGCCAAUACCGUGCUGGCCCUGAUCCACCGGCUGCAACAGGCACCACCUUGUGUCUGGUGGAAGGCCACGAGCUACCACUAUGUGCGGCGCACCCGCCAGAUCACCCGCUACCGGAAUGGCGAUGCCUACACCACCACACAGGUCUACCACGAGAGGGCUGAUAGUCGCACAGCUCGUGGCGAGUUUGACUACUCAGCCCACGGUGUCCGCGAUGUCUCCAAGGAGCUCGUGGGCCUGGCCGACUACGCUGCCACGCGGCUGCGCUUCACCAAGUGCUUCAGCUUCGGCAGCGCUGAGGCUGAGGCCUCAUACCUCACCCAGAGGGCCCGCUUCUUUAGUGCCAACGAGGGCCUGGACGACUACCUGGAGGCCCGCGAGGGCAUGCACCUGAAGGAUGUGGACUUCCGUGAAUCCCUCAUGGUCUUCGCCGACCCCCGCAGCCCUCCUUGGUAUGCCCGCGCAUGGGUCUUCUGGCUGGUGUCAGCGGCCACGCUGUCCUGGCCACUGCGCGUUGUGGCGGCCUAUGGCACAGCCCAUGUGCACUAUCAGGUAGAGAAGCUUUUUGGCGCUAGUUCGCCCCCUCCUGGCACUGUGCCCAGCGGACCCCCACUCUCCCGUGUGGCCACAGUGGACUUCACUGAGCUCGAGUGGCACAUCUGCUCCAACCGGCAGCUGGUGCCCAGCUACUCAGAAGCGGUGGUCAUGAGUGCCGGUUCCGGUGCCUACCUCCGUGGCUGCCAGCGCUGCCGACGUUCUGUCAGCAGCAACUCGCUGCCCCCUGCCCGGCCCAGCGGGCCCCGCCUGCCUUUCAGCCGCAGCCGCCUCUCGCUGGGAGCUGGGGGCCGGGCCACACCAGGCGUCUUCCGGAGCCUGAGUGGGGGGCCACUGGGACGCCGUGGAGAGGACACGGAGCCCCUGGAGAGCCCACCAUGCUACGAGGACGCCCUUUACUUCCCGGUGCUCAUUGUCCAUGGAGACAGCGGCUGCCAGGGGGAUGGGCAGGGCGGACUCUGACUCCCACGCUCUCCGGAGUGUCCUCCUCCCCACCAGCCUACCACGGGCUUCGAUGCCUGAGUAAUUACCCAAAACAGGAGGGAAAACAGACCAGCACACAAGCGUGGGGUGAGGGUGCAGCCUUUAAACAGUCUACAGUGCAGUAACAGGUGGUCCUUUUGAGGGCAAAUGGGCACCACCAAAGUUGAGCCUAUGAACCAUCCAGCGCGGCUCCUCCCACCAUCGCCAGGCUUCACUUUCUGGUGGCAGAUGAGCUGCCUCAGGGGCCCCUCAGGCUGCACAGGGGAGGAAGUUUCCAGAAAACCUGAGGUGGGGGAGGAAUCCCCGGGACAGCUGUUGCCUGCCGCAGAGGGCUGCCUGUGGGCUCUACUCUGCAUGGCGGAGGCCACACGGGGAGCCCUUGAACAACUGAGAAGCACAAAUUGGUGGUUUGGGGCCACGCCUAGCUGGGCUAGCCUCCUCCGUGAAGCUGAAGAGCCCCCUUCGGCAGCACCAUGGUCCCGGCUCCUUUACCAGCCCUAGUCCCCAUCCUCCUCGCCGGACAGGCCCCUCCCUGCCUGCUGCCCGGCCUCUGCACAGGGCCAGUCCUGAUCAGACCCUGGGGUGCGUCCCUGCGGCUGGGAGCCGGGUCCUUAGAGUGCAGCCUUGCCCCACCCUGCCUCCACUGUUUUCCCUGCCAUACCCUCCUUCAGCUCCCUCUAAACCUGGGGUUCCUCCUCAGGGCCCUACCUUGAUCUCACAUCCCCUGGUCUCAACUCCUGUCCUCCUCCUCCAGGCCCACAUCCACCUCUGUCAGCCACCCCCCACUCCCCCAGGCUUUGUCCUCUCAUCGCCCUGUGGACUUCUCUGCCCUUCACCUUCUGGAUGACCCAUAGAGCCCAGGGUCACAGGGCAUUCGAGGGGCCUCGGCCUUGGCCACAGCCUCUUGGACGGUGCCCUUGCUCUGCCAUGGAGGCCCCUGCUUCCCUCAGUGGGCCCUGGCCCAGGGGACACCAUCCCUCCCCCAGGGAGGAGAGAAUAGUCCCUUUCUUCCAACCGGGACUUCCACCCCCUCUCAGGGGCCGGUGGGGUUGGGAGGAGGCAGAGAAGAUGCAGAUAAAAUAAAAGGUAUGAAAUGGAA